GUUGGUCCAUCUGAUAUCACUAAAAUUGGUCCGGAGACUCAAAUCAGAAGAAUGCACGCUUUCCUGUCUGUCACAUUCUUUUUAGGACUUCACCAUGGAGCAUUGGCUUUCGUUUCGCAUCUGAAUCCAGCAUCCUUCACCACAAAGUUCGUCACUACUCGUUUCCUGUCAGAGCGAGAAAAUCAUGCGAUUCAGACUAACAGCGAUACCUCGCGACGACAAUUCUUUGAGCGGGUAAAACACAGUGCGGCUACCAUUCCAGCGCUAGCUACCGGUUUCUCAUUCCCUGCAAGCAAUGCUCGUGCCGCAUCUCUCGGUGGUGCCGUGGACCUCCCCCCUAUGGGUCUCGGUGCUUGGGCUUGGGGCGAUUCUCUCUUUUGGGGCUACGACAAGAAGAACGACGAAGAGCUCCGGCAGGUUUUUGACUACGCCAUUCAAAACUCCAAAUCAAAAACCACACUGCUAGAUACGGCCGAGCUGUACGGCUUGGGGCGUUCUGAAUCUUUGAUAGGUGGUUUUAGCAAGCCUUACGACCAAUCUAAAAUUCAGGUCGCGACCAAAUUCGCUGCCCUGCCUUUCCGCACCAAAUCGCAAGACGUUGUGAAAGCUUGUGAAGCUUCUUUGAAGAGACUCGGACGUCCGAUUGACUUGUACCAGAUUCACUUCCCGAACGGCUGGUCCAACGAGGAAUAUUGGGAUGGCUUGGCCACGGCCUACGAAAAGGGCCUCGUGAAGGCUGUUGGCGUGUCUAACUACGGUGUAGACGCGGUCCGAGCUUGCCACACGGCCUUGGAGAAGCGCGGUAUACAGCUCGCUACUAAUCAAAUUCAGCUCAGCUUACUUUACCCCUAUCCACUCCAAAAUGGUCUGAUGCAAGCUUGCGACGACCUUGGAAUAAAAGUCCUUUCCUAUUCACCGCUGGCUUUGGGCUUCUUAACGGGCAAGUACACCAAGGAAUCGGAUCCACCCAAGGGACCGCGUAAGAGUGUCUACACAAGUCUUUUGAGUACGCCGGAUUACGAAAAUCUCUUGGCUACCAUGAAGGAUGUGGCGGCGGGACACCCGAAUGCCAAUACCGCCCAAGUCGCCCUCAACUGGACUCGUGCCAAGAACAGCAUUCCGAUCCCUGGUGCUCGGAGUGUCAAUCAGAUUCAAUCCAACUACGGUGCGUUGGAUUGGAAUCUUUCGCCAGAGGAAGUAACGAUUCUUGACUUGGCGGCUGCGAAAGUACAGACUUUUACCAAACCUAGUGCCGUUCCGUUUGCCAAGAAAGAUAUCAAUACAGGCUUGGUAAUGUUUGAUUCGUAG